GCUUUUGCUCUUGCCUUUUCCUCUCCUCCGCCACACCUCUCAAAGGGAACGCAAAACAAUUCCCCGCGUCACAGAGCAAAGCAGAAGAAACAGCGUACUGCUCUCUCCAGGUAAGUAACCCACCCCUUUCUUUCUGUGUGUGUGUGCGUGCUUUGCGAUCUGUGCGUCGUCGCACACGCACAGCAGCAUUCGCUCCCUCAUUUUCUGCUCACCAUGACGUCCGUGCCGUUCCCCCGAGAGGCGUAUUACGAGCGCAUCGGGGCCACAACGACUCUCCUGCCGCUCGUCACCGCCAACACCUCCACCACCCCCGGCGCGCUGGGCGUCAACUUCCUGCGCAACUUAGUCCUCGCGCACCUCAGCACGAUUCCCUUUGAAAACGUCGACGUGCUGCUCGGCCGGCCCAUCUCCACAAACCUCGCGGACCUCUACAACAAGCUGAUUCACGCCAGGCGGGGCGGGUACUGCAUCGAGCAGAACAGUCUGCUGCGCGCGGCGAUGGUGGAUGCGGGAUUCACGCACAUCCGCACGCUGGGCGGGCGGUCCGUCAUCCCAGAUGAGGCGGUCGCGACGGGGCGUCUGCAUGUGAUGAACUUAGUAACGAUCCACGGCGAGGAGGGGGAGGAGGAGCGGUGGGUGGUGGACGUCGGCACCUCGGCCGGCGUGCCGAUGGGCCCGCUGCGGCUGGACACGACGGCCUCGCAGUUCACCCCCGCCGGGGAGUUCCGUAUAUCCAAGUACGACCUCUGCACCAACAAGGAAAUGAUGCACUACGCACGUCCGGUGGGCGGCUUUGACGAGGGGUGGACGGAGUACGCCUUUGAGAUGCACGCGCACAGUGGCACCUGGCGGGCCAUCCACCGAUUUGACCUCCAGCCGCAGUACCCGCGUGACGUCUUCGCGAUGAACUACGUGACCUACCAACUCGCCGUCAUCGGGUACUCGCUGCGGGGCUCUCGCACGGUGACGACGUGGGCGCCGGAAGGCACGCAGGGCAUCCCGAACGGGGUGGGGGGGUGGGUGUGUGUGCCGCGUGGCGUGCACGGCCUGCGAGUGGAGACGGAAUCACGAGUGUCGGUGCGGACGCUGAACGCCUACCCCGGCGCGCCCGACGCGGCACCGCCUACCGGAGAGCUGGCGCCGCCGGUGCCGCACGAGGAGCACCCCACCACGCCGGGCGAGCUCUACGACUGGAUGGUCGAGUACCUCGGCAUCGACUUCACGCAGACGCGCCUGCCGCAGUACAACGUAUCGCGCGAAGAGUUCGAGAAGGCGCUGCGGGCGCGAGUCGUGCUGUUUGGGGGGAAGGAAUGGGAGCCGCCGGUGUAUUAG